GGGAAACGGCCCCGUAGAUAUUUGCUAAGCGUAGCAACGUAGCGCACAUAAAGUGAAGGAGAUUUUUGCAAGGCGGCUAUUUACCACGAUAAAUUAGAGUGAGAUAGUGUUAUCGUGUAGUUUUAUAGGAGAAAACAAUGCCAGAGGUUCUCAUAAAGCAUCGAUAUCUCGGUUGUGAGUGUUGGGUAAAAUAGGGUGGGGGAGCAUGUGUGAAGAUAAGGAGGAGGCGCGGAGUGAGGCGGUGGUGGAGUCUCCGAAGCGUCUCUGCUGGCCGCGCAAGCCGCCCGCUCCCCUGCCGGACACUAGAGGGCUUUGUUGUGCCAAGCUUCUAAGGAAAAAUGGAAAGUCGAAAAAGGUGCUAUUAUUUCCUGAGGAAGGUUGGGCGCGGAGUGCCUCCUCAUCUUACUGGACGCUGAAGCCUUGUUGGUGGCGACGGUCGAGAUGCAAAGUGGUCGAAGUAGCUGGAACUAGAAGGCACAGCACCCACGCGCGGAUGGUCGUGAGCGGGGUCAAUGCAGUUUACAUCGUGGGAACCUUCAAGCACCUAGGGACUGAUGCAGAUUUUAAGCUUUAUCUCACAACGAACGUAACUCAAGCGGAUUUCAACAUGGGGUAUACGAUGACCGGCACCCUGGAGCGAGGAAGUCGCUCCACCAACAGCUUCCAAGUUACCCACUUUGCCGUCCUGCGCCGCUGCGAUCACGAGUCACACCAUCUGAAAAACGCAUAGACUUUAAUAAAGGCCGAAACAAACCGAGGCCCCAACUGAAUAAAGACGUAAUCGGAAAAAGUCAAUUCUUACACCAAAUCAAAACAACCGAAAAUAAGUAUUUAUACAAUAUAUUAUGUAACUCCAGCACGGAUUUGGUAAGGACAAGGUAAAUUACUAGUCCGAUUUUUUUAAUCUCCUGUAAAAUUGAUUUAUUUCGAUUAGGUAUUUCAUUCGGUUGGAGCGUCGAAACAUAACGCGACGGUGAACAUAUAACAGCUGCAGCUCUAAGACAUUUUAUCUGAUACGAAGAAUUGUAGUGCCAUGACGCUGCGACGUUGCUAGUUUCCGUCGUACGUUGUGUGUUCCAGGCUUAACAAAAACUGUUUAG